AACCACCAUAUAUCGCCAAAAACAAUUAAUCGACUAUCUUUCCUGCUUGUGUCUUGCUCCUCCUAUACCGUCUACCAAAACAAGCGAAGAACGAUGUCCUCACAAAACCAUUCCGCAGAGCAGGAGUCCAGCGAAACCCCUCCUGGAGCAAUCGACCUUGCAGCCCUCUCUGCACCCCAACUCCGCGCCCUCCAAGCCCGCCUAAGCUCAGAGCUAGAACAUCUCACAAGCUCCCACGCAAAGUUACGAAACGCACAGUCGAAGUUCCGCGAUUGCAUCCGCUCGAUAAACGAUGGUGUAGCAGCCCCUAGCGGUGCGGGCUACAGCGGGGGCAAUAAAAGCGUUGCUGCGGAAAAGAGCGAUGAGAUUUUGGUUCCCUUGACGAACUCGUUGUAUGUUAAGGGGAGAUUAGCGGAUAGGAAAAAUGUGAUUGUAGAUGUUGGGACGGGGUUUUUUGUGGAGAAGACGACCUCGAAGGCAAUCGAAUUCUACAAUGGCAAGGUUGACGAGCUAGGUACGAACUUACGAGAGUUGGAGAAGGUCGUUCAAGCGAAGAGCCAAAAUCUGCGCGUUAUUGAGGACGUCCUCCGUCAGAAACUCCUUAGUGAAGCUACAGCAGGCCCCUCUGGCGCAGGAGGUGGUGGUAACUCCUAAUUGCUAGCAGAGAACACUAUUAUCUCCGAUAUCACCCCUCCCUUGGGUUUGACUAUCGAAAGUAUAUACUUGGGAAGUAUACUUCGCAAAUACAAGUUUUUACAUCAUUAUGGUUUCAAUUUCCGCUUUUCCCUUUUAGAGAGUAUCAGGCUAGGUCGUGUUCUUCCCCAUUCACCGUAGGAUGGAUUAGAAGCAGCUGAGUUCUCG